CUGUCAGGGUCCAGAGACGCAGGCACUGCCACCUGGUAUCCUGAGCACCCUCCAGCACCUUGGGGUUGGGGGAGGUGGGCGCAUGUCUGGAACUGGAACAGCCGGACAGAUGGACAGACCCUCCUCUUGACCAAUGGGUCUGUCCCACAGUGUUGAAACAGCAGGGAAGACCAAACACUUGAUUCUGCCUCUGGUAGGAGAGGGGACUUCAGGGAGGGGGUACUGCUGAGGACGCCCAUGGCCCAGCUCAGACAGGCCCGCAGGACAGAAAUAGGCUCAGUUCUGCCGAAUGUCCUCCCGGCCUCCACCCACACUCAGACACACACACCUGGUGGCCCCCAAGGCACCAGGGGACACCCCACAGCACACAGCCCAGUCACACGUACAGCACAGGAAGAAAUGCACAAUGCAUACCGUACACACCCCACACGGCGCUGUCACCUAGAAAGUCACUGAACACACCACACAGACAAUAUAGUCACCAUGCAGCAUCACACUGCAGCAGGACACAAAGACACACACAGCAACUACACAGCUCACAGACCCACCCCACGCAGACAUGCCCACCAGACUCGGACCCACACAGCCACACAACAGGGCACAGAGAGGGACGUGGGCUCACACCCCAAGCCACAGGGGAGGCCAAACUGUGCACUUGCAAGACCCACGCCUUGGCCAUAGAAGUUCAGGGAAACUGCUGCUGGGGAGCACACGGGUAUCCACAGAGUGAAUGCACACCGUGCAGCCAUGCCGAGGCCUUCUGCUCCUGAGGGUGUCAAGAGGGAUCGCUGGGGCUCGGCCACUGACUCAGCUGGGAGGGGACAGAGCAUAGCAGGCGGCGGACGCAAGCCAGGACCUGCCCGCCAAGCUGCCUCCACCGGUCUCAGCCCCACCUGGAGCCGUGGCAUGGAAGGGGCGGGGAAGAGAGGAGAGGCCGCCCAGUGGGCUCAGGACACAGCCCUGACCAAGUCAUGGGCCCCUUGCCACGUCUACACGCCCCUCGGCGCUGGGCAAAUAUUUUCUUUCCGGAGUCACUGUGGUACCUGAGCGUGGGCUGCUGUGCCAGCCUAGGCCUCCACCGCCGGGAUCCCAGCCUGGUCUUGGGAGAACUGUGUGGCCAGAGCAGAGGGGCCCGGUGGCUCCAGGAAGCUACGUGUGCCCACCUGGGGCACAGCCCCAGCUGAUGCCCCAGAGGGGCCACCCAUCUCAAGAGGGGCUUUGGGCUCUGCCCUCCCUCCCCAUGGCGCAUGGGCCAAAGCCUGAGACUGAAGGACUGUUGGACCUCAGCUUCCUGACGGAGGAGGAGCAGGAGGCCAUUGCUGGCGUCCUCCAACGAGAUGCCCGCCUGCGCCAGCUGGAGGAGGGGCGGGUCAGCAAGCUCCGGGCCUCACUGGCAGACCCUGGGCAGCUGAAGAUCCUGACGGGGGACUGGUUCCAGGAAGCACGCUCCCAGCGGCACCACAAUGCCCACUUCGGCUCUGACCUUGUCCGAGCGUCUAUGCGCAGGAAGAAGAGCGCCAGGGGAGACCAGGCUCCAGGCUGCGACAGGGAGGCUGAGGCUGCUGUGAAAGAGAAGGAAGAGGGGCCAGAGCCCAGGCUCACCAUUGAUGAGGCCCCUCAGGAGAGGCUCAGGGAGACUGAGGGACCUGAUUUCCCAUCGCCUUCUGUCCCCCAAAAGGCUUCAGAUCCUGAGGAGGCGUCCCAGGCCCAGGAAGAUCCUGGCCAAGGAGACCAGCAGGUCUGUGCCGAGGAGGCGGACCCGGAGCUGGAGCCCGCGUCGUGGGGAGGGCAGGAGCCGCGGCCCCCGCAAGCCCAGACCAAGGCCGCGUGCCAGAUCCUGGAGAACGGGGAGGAGGCCCCGGGGCCCGACCCCUCACUCGACCGCAUGCUCAGCAGCAGCUCCUCCGUGUCCAGCCUUAACUCCUCCACGCUGAGCGGCAGCCAGAUGAGCCUGUCAGGCGAGGCGGAGGCGGUGCAGGUCCGCGGCUCCGUGCACUUCGCGCUGCACUACGAGCCGGGCGCCGCCGAGCUGCGCGUGCACGUGAUCCAGUGCCAGGGCCUGGCCGCCGCCCGGCGCCGCCGCUCGGACCCCUACGUCAAAAGCUACCUCCUCCCGGAUAAGCAGAGCAAGCGCAAGACGGCAGUGAAGAAACGGAAUCUGAAUCCGGUUUUCAACGAGACUCUCCGGUACUCCGUCCCGCAGGCCGAGCUCCAGGGCCGCGUGCUGAGCCUGUCCGUGUGGCACCGCGAAAGCCUGGGUCGCAACAUCUUUCUGGGCGAAGUUGAAGUGCCCCUGGACACGUGGGACUGGGGCUCUGAGUCCACCUGGCUCCCCCUGCAGCCCCGGGUCCCACCCUCUCCCGACGACCUUCCGAGCCGCGGGUUACUCGCCCUGUCCCUCAAGUACGUCCCCGCCGGCUCCGAGGGCGCAGGACUGCCCCCGAGCGGGGAGCUGCACUUCUGGGUGAAGGAGGCUCGGGACCUCCUGCCGCUGCGGGCAGGAUCCCUGGACACUUACGUACAAUGCUUCGUGCUGCCUGAUGACAGCCGGGCCAGCCGCCAGCGUACAAGGGUUGUGCGACGCAGCCUCAGCCCUGUGUUCAAUCACACCAUGGUGUAUGAUGGCUUUGGGCCUGCUGACCUGCGCCAGGCUUGUGCCGAGCUCUCCCUCUGGGACCAUGGGGCCCUGGCCAACCGCCAGCUGGGGGGCACACGCCUCAGCCUGGGCACCGGCAGCAGCUAUGGGCUGCAGGUGCCCUGGAUGGAUUCCACACCCGAGGAGAAGCGGCUGUGGCAGGCCCUCCUGGAGCAGCCGUGCGAGUGGGUGGAUGGCCUUCUACCCCUCAGAACCAACCUGGCCCCCAGGAUGUAGCCCCACCAAGCCUCUCUCUCUGGACCCCCAUCUCAGGGCCUGCCCUUGGCUAAAGUCAAUAAAGUCUGUUCUAAGAGCAA